GGCAAUGCCAAUUUCAGCCAAGAUGCCGGUGGGCGGAAGUGAAAAUGUCUGGAGAACUGGUCACUGGAUCGAAUCGUUUUCCGAAGAAUCGCUGAACCUUGAGGCAGCAGAUCUGACCCCGCCGUUCGCAAUCAGGAAGUUGGCGAGUCUGUUCGACAGGAAGCGAUUUGUUGACUGUGCCGGUCUGAUCCAGCGUCUGAGGGGGCUGACAUUGGCAUCCAUCUUGACGGCCAUUCCGGUACAGCGCAUGCAUGACGAACUUCCGGCUAGUUUGCCGGUCCUGGAGGUACUUUACAUAAAGACUUACAGCUUCUACAAGAGUGAUUUCCCCACGGGUCAGCUGAUGUCUGACCAGCUGGUCAAGCGAGUUAUCGCCCUGUUCACCCUACACUGUAGCACUGACCGACAUGAGAACAUCAGACGCCACAUCCCUCAGUGCCGGACUAUCAUAGCCAUCAUCGCCAGGCUAGACCCGAACCUGAGGAGAACUAUCCAGCAGAGGAAGCGAGCUAUAGACAGGUGUGUGAGGAACAUGGGCAAACACGGGCUGAUCGAGAGCUCAGGUGGGAAGCUCAUGUCGCUCUUUGACGCCCUCAAGGUCGAGCUGGAGAAGGUCAUCAUCCAGUACAGGUGCGUGCUACAGAAGAUCGAGGGCUUUAACCUCGCCUCCAGACACGCUACAUCCGGGGCUGUGGCCGGUGUCCAGGCUCCAAGUGAUUCCAGCCAUUUCCGGAUGAUGCAGAUUAACAGGGAGGACGUUCUAAACCGAGUCAUCCGCAACAAAAGUUUAUUCGAUGUCGUAGACUCGACCCAAGGCGACCAACAUUUGAGCCGAUUUAUUCAUCUCCUCAAGCAGAGGAUCGAGUAUGACAAGAUUCUACUACUUCACGACGCUGAGAUAAGAAAGAUGAGCGAGGGUAUCCUAACAGGCGAAUCCUAUCUAUCCCUAACGCUAUCCCAGUUCUCCCGAGGCUACGGGUUCCUGUUGGCCAUGUUGUCUGAGCUGGAUGGACACAAUGACGUGGACACCACGGCAGACGAUGACGACAUGUCGUGGUCAAGUGUCCAGUCAGUUCUAGACCAAAGUCACAUCCUCAGCUUUCAUCCAAUUAUUCCAAAACAAAAUGGAUUCUCACGACAUCAUGAUAUAGAAAGACUCGGAGCAUCGGGACAGCGCCACGCGAACCACCGUAAGUCCUCCAAUAAUCACCCACCGGGCAGGAUGGAAACCAACACUGAGGGGCCCAAUACAUUUACAAAUGGCAGCACUGCAAGUCCAGAAGGUGGCGCGAAUUUAGAAGAGGAAGUACGGUUCCUAAAGGAAGAGUUAGCAGCCUCUCGUCAGAAGAUCGCUCAGCUAGAGGAGCAGGAGAAACAGCUGAGGCAGAGGCUAGCCGAACAGGUUCACAACCAGUUCACGACCAAGCCGAGUCACGUGUUUGAGAACGUCAACAUGGGGUCCCACCGGCCCACCAGCCUCAUCAGGGCCUACGAUGACCUCUACAGGGAGGGGAGGGUGGACACCCUAGACGCCCUAGAUGAACUUCCGGAAUUGCGCGGUCUUGACAUUCUUAAGAUGAAAAUAUUAUUCUCAGUUGUUGUGCUGUCAUUUCGCUGUGUACAACAGACCCUCCACCAACUAAAACUAAAACUACGCCAUCUUUUAUGCCUACCUACCGCGGGCCCUGCCGACAACGUCUCUUCAGAAAUGGAACAGCACAUCAAUAACUAUUUAAUUCGAUCUAUCGAACGCUUCGAGAUGGCCCCAAUCAUACAUGAAGUCUCGCAGAACAUACAUGCCACACUGUACGACUACCCCGGCCUGAGGACUUGUGUGGGGCUGGACGAGUUCACAAAAAUGACCGUCAGGCUGGCCUGGGGUCUGUCAGUACAAAACCCACCCUUUUUCAUCGCCUAUGACUCUCGGAAAUUUCAGGUAAGAAAAACAGGAAGUUCCAGAAUCAUUUAA